UCGGGUUGGAUUUCAUUCAUUUCCAAUCGAUUUGCUAAUUUCUACUUAUCUACACAUACAGUAUGAAGAUGAGGUCCGGAGGUUAUGAAAUGAAACUGUCUUUGUGUAGAAUGUAUUUACAGUUUUCACUUUCAUUUUAUUUUCUGGUCUCUCUACAAGAAAUUAAGCAAAAAUUAUCAAUAAAAGUGAAGUCAGAAAUCUGAAUUCAUGCUGGAAUGAUGAUCCGCCACUUCUUUUUGAAAGGAUGGUUUCUUCUCCAUUUUACUCUAGGGUGUUUUUCACAAAAACAAAGAGAAGAAUGGAAAUUCACUUUCCCACAACUCGUAGACACAGCGAGACAUUCUGAUAUAGAGAUUCCCUGCACCUUCACUGCCCCCACUGACUAUGGAGAGGUCCGUAUUGUGUGGUAUACAUACAGAACUGUUGGCUACCCAGUAGUGUACAGUGAGGACUCCUCUAGAGUCAUCCCGGAGUACAGAGGACGCACCUCACUUAUCAAUGAAACAAACAACUGCUCGCUGAGAAUCAGAGACGUGAGAUAUGGUUGGUGGUACUACCCAGGAAUAAGUGAAGAGGUCAAUUCCUAUCUUUUAUACAAAGACGAGCGUAAAAAGGCAGUCCAUGUCAAGAUCCCAGAUUGCUCUGAAAAUUUCUCAUGCAAGGAUUGGGGGUUCACCUUCCCUCGCUCUAUAGAUGUUUUAAAGGGUUCUUGUGUGGAAAUUCCCUGCAAACUUAAGCAUCCUGACAAUUUUCAGAACUUCACCUUGUAUUGGUAUAAAAAAAAAUUGAUAGGGUAUCCUAAGAUAUUCAACAGUAGAACGCCAACUGAUGUGGAAGUAAAGUACAAUGGAAGAACAUUUCUGGUGAGAAAUUCAACAAACACUUGUUCCCUGAGGAUUAAUGAUGUGCAGGAAUCAGAUGACAUCUACCCCGGGAUCAGUCCAGAAAUAAACUCAUAUCAUGUCCAUCAGAAAAGAUUCUGUAGAGUCUCUGUCAUAGACACUCCACCUAUACCAACAAUUACAGGACCUGAGGAAUUGAAAGAGAAUGAACCAGUCAAAAUCACCUGUUCAGUAAAUCACACCUGUGCUUCCAGCCCCCCAUCCAUCACAUGGAAGGGAAUUGACUCAAAAGUCAGCAUAAGCCUGGAAGAUCGUUGUCGAGGAAUUUGGAGGAUAAAUUCUACAAUAGGAUACAUUCCUUCAUAUAGAGACCAUAAAACAAAACUCGAGUGCAUUGUUACUUUUCCAAAUAAGUAUCCGUCAAGGCAAUAUGUAACCCUGGAUAUUAAAUAUAAACCUAAGAACGUAACAAUAUCAAUGAUCAAUAACAUUCUGGCAAAGGAAGGAGGCAACAUCACUUUAGAGUGUUCGAGUCGUGCUAAUCCACCAGUGACUCAAUACAUAUGGUAUGGGAAAACCGGAACCGUAACUGGUGUACAGAUAAUUGUGCAGAAUGGGACCUCGGAGAGAUAUAUCUGUUCUGCAAGUAAUGACAUGGGAACCACAAACUCAUCAGCCUUUUCUUUUACUGAACAAUAUGCGCCUGAAAAUGAGAAGCCUAAGAGCUAUUUCAUAAUUGGAGUCACAGCUGGGCUUACAGCUUUAGUUAUAAUAGUUUUGGGAGCAGUUUUCUGUAUUUUUAAAAGAAGAAAAAGAACCUUAGCCCUGGCAGAGAAGAGAAGAACUCAGGAGAAUGCUAAGAUAACGGAGCAGAUAACGAUGGAUAACCUUUUAUACGGAAGCGUUGAUGGUGCACAAGAGAAAAGCUCUCCAAGAAGACGGAAUUUUCUUAUUGGACAAAAUAUUGACAAUGGAGAAAAAAGAACGGGCUGCCAGUGCAAGGGAGAAAAUACUGAAGACUCCAUUGUCUAUACCUCAGUGAAGCUGCCUCAAGCAAAUCACAUUCCAAAAACUUCAAGGACCUGGGAAGAAACAGAAUAUGCACAGCUGAAAAUUUAGAUAUUCCAUGCUGUAAACUCUACAGACCCAAGAAUAAACUGCCCUCAAAAGUCCCUUCAGAGAACAUUUCUACUUGCCACAGUAUCACUUUUUAAUUCAAGUCUGGAAUUAGACUUGAGUGGUCCGAAACUAGUUAUAGUUUCUCGUCCAUCAUUUGUAUGCAGCCUUGACUUGGAUUUUGAUGACCCAAUGAAAGAUCUGCUUUUCCUCAAGAAUGCUCUAGAUCAAUGAGUUACUUAAAGCAUAACAUAUUAUCCAGAAUGUUACCACCUAAUCAACUCCAUGUGUGAUUCUAUCAAGGAGUAUUUAUCUGUCUAUGAAAGGAGAUCAUCAACCCGUGAAUGCAAGGAAUGCCCCUCUACAUUAGCCUUAGUAUCUGUCACUUUGACCAGUCUGGAGUAACACUGAUCUCUCUUGAGAGUAGAAUGGCUGCAGGUCCUGAAGUUUAGUAUUCUUGGAAUGCUCUUUUUUAAAAAUAUUCUUGGAAUUCUACUAGAAUGUUCUUCUGAAAUGCUUUAUGACACCUAGGACAAAUUGUUGCAGGUCUCCUGCCGUAGUUGGUUCUCCUUAAAAAAUUCACAAUUGUCUCUAAUCUUCUCCAUUUUAUGCUAAUUUAUUUUACUUGAUGUCUAAAAAUCAAGAAAAAUCCAGGUCUAGAAAUCUUCCAGUCAAGAAAGUAACCCAUUCAAUAGCUUCAUCAACCGUUCCGAAAGCUGUAUAAUUUGUUAACAUUGCUCUUCUAGAACAUUGUUUUUAAGUUAUUCAUAGUAACUUUUAGAUUGUAAUGAUUUGAGUAACACAUACUGUACAGAAAACGAGGCAACAACUAAACAUAUGUGUUCUAGUGGUCAGUAUAAUUUAAGGUUCUUAAAUAUUGAUGGUAUUGUGACAGCAUUUUCCUCUUUCAGUUGGCUCUCUACACAGGACAUUGCUACCUUAUCGUAUUUUUAUAUUUUGGCAUAUGCUAGGUUUCUUGACUAUGUUUUGUACAUUGUUAAAAGUGUCUUUUACCUUUUUAGAUUUUUUUGGAGGGUGAGGGUAUGUAUUUUCUCUGUUUCAGUUAGGCAAUGAAAGUAUUUUUUAAUAAGCAUGUGUUUUUGGAUCACGUGUGUCUCGAUUGCUUGGACUUACUACAGACUCUGUUCGUAUUUAAAAUACUAAAUCAUGUAUAAUUGAUA